UACAACUUCACAAUUCACCCACCUCGAUCGAUCAGUCUCUUUCUAAACAGAUCGAUCGAGAUCAUCCAGUACUACAAUUCCCUGGCUAGCUCCAUUCUUCUCCUACUAAUUUGUUUUGCUGCAUGCGCCAUAUAUUGAAUCUGGUACGCUGAAGCUAUAGCUAGCAAUGGAGAACAUGCUGGGUCUGUUGAGAAUUCACAUCCAAAGAGGAGUGAACCUCGCCGUCAGAGACAUGAGAAGCAGUGACCCUUAUGUUAUUGUCAAAAUGAGCAAGCAGAAGCUAAAGACUCGUGUGGUGAAGAAGAGCGUGAAUCCUGAGUGGAAUGAGCAACUGACUCUUUCAAUUGUUGAUCCAAGUCUUCCAAUCCUGGUCUCUGUGUAUGACAAGGAUACAUUUAGUUUUGACGACAAAAUGGGGGAUGCACAGUUUGAGAUCGGUCCAUUCAUCAAAGCCAUGAAGAUGAAUUUCCAAGACCUCCAAGAUGGAGCCAUAAUUUCUAAAGUGCAGGCAAACAAGCAAAAUUGUCUCGCCGAAGAGAGCUGCAUUAUCUACUCCAAAGGCAAACUGGUACAAAACAUGGUUCUAAGACUCAAAAAUGUCGAGUGUGGGGAAGUGGAACUCCAAUUGCAGUGGAUUGAUAUUCCUAGUUCAAAAGGUCUAUAGAUCAACCUGGCAGUUCAGCCUGCUACUCGCCCGUUAACCAUCUGUUAACAAAACGUGUUAAUGAGCUGCCAACUCGUUAAUCUAAACCCGUUAAAGAAAUUAUUAUUUU